UUUCAGGUCCCAAGAUGAAAAUGCUGGUCGUUUUAUUUCUGAUCAUCCUUUGUUCUUAUGUUUGUGUGAACCAAGAUUCUGGCCCUGAGUAUGCAGACGUGGUGUUUCUGGUGGACAGCUCCGAUCACCUAGGAACGAAGUCCUUCCCUCUGGUGAAAACGUUCAUCAACAAAAUGAUCAACAGUGUCCCCAUUGAACCCAACAAGUACCGGGUGGCACUGGCCCAGUACAGCGACACCCUGCACAGUGAGUUCCAGCUGAACACCUUCCGCAGCAAGAACCCCAUGCUCAACUACCUCAAGAGAAACUUCACCUUCCUGGGUGGGUCCCUGAGGAUAGGAAACGCGUUGCGGGAAGCACACCGGACCUAUUUCUCUGCGCCCGCAAAUGGGAGAGACAGGAAGCGAUUCCCCCCCAUUUUGGUGGUCCUGGCUUCGGCAGAAUCCGAGGAUGAUGUGGAAGAGGCUUCCGAGGCCCUGCGGCGAGACGGGGUGAGGAUCAUCUCUGUGGGGCUGCAGAAGGCAUCUGAGGACACCCUGAAGGUCGUGGCCACGCCUGGCUUCCACGCCCACCUCCGGACCGCCAGGGAGCUCGGCACCUUCUCCCAGAACCUGACCCAGAUCAUCCGGGCUGCUGUCAAGCGCCAGGAGGGCGCAGCCGACGACAUCCUCGUGGAAGUGUGCCAAGGCCCGUCGGUGGCUGACCUAGUCUUCCUGCUGGACAUGUCCAUCAAUGGCAGCCAGGAGAAUCUGGACUACCUCAAAGCCUUCCUGGAGGAGAGCGUAUCUGCCCUGGAUGUAAAGGCAAGCUGCAUGCGGGUUGGCCUGGUGGCCUACAGCAACGAGACCCGGGUCAUCAGCCACCUAAGCGCUGGCAUUAAUAAGUCAGAAAUUCUCCAGCACAUAGAAGGCCUCGUUCCCCAGAUGGGGCCUGCCUACACGGGGGCCGCCCUCAGGAAAGCCAGGAAGGACGUGUUCAGCAUCCAGAGAGGCAGCCGGAAGAACCAGGGCGUACCCCAGAUCGCCGUGCUGGUGACCCACCGAGUGGCGGAGGAUAAUAUCACUAAGGCAGCGGCUAGCCUUCGCCGGGAGGGUGUCACCAUCUUCACCGUGGGUGUGGAAGGGGCCAGCAAACCCCAGCUGGAAAAAGUGGCCUCCCACCCCGCGGGCCAGCACCUCUCCAUGCUGACCACUUUCUCAGACCUGGCCGCCCACAACCAAACGUUUCUGAAGAAGCUCCGGAAGCAGAUCACCCACAGUGUGACUGUGCUGUCGGAAAGGACACAGUCCCUUAAAUCCGCUUGCGUGGACACAGAGGAAGCCGACAUCUAUCUGCUGAUCGAUGGCUCGGGGAGCACCCAGGCCACGGACUUCCACGAGAUGAAGGCCUUCCUGUCCGAGGUGGUAGGGAUGUUUAACAUUGCCCCCCAUAAGGUACGAGUUGGGGCCGUUCAGUACGCCGACAGCUGGGACUUAGAAUUUGAGAUCGACAAGUACUCCAGCAAGCACGAUCUGGGACGAGCCAUUGAAAACAUCCGGCAGAUGGGGGGCCGUACCCACACAGGUGCAGCCCUGAAUUUUACCCUGGAGCUGUUGCAAGAAGCCAGGAAACAACGAGGAAACAGAGUGCCCUGUCACCUGGUGGUUCUGACCAACGGCAUGUCGGAGGACAGCGUGGUGGAGCCCGCGCACAGGCUGAGGAAAGAGCACAUCCGGGUGUACGCCAUUGGCGUCAGAGAAGCCAACCAAACCCAGCUGCGAGAAAUGGCAGGCGAGGAGAAGAGAGUGUACUACGUGCAUGACUUCGACGCCCUGAAGGACAUUCGCAAUCAAGUGGUGCAGGAAAUCUGCGCUGAGGAAGCCUGUAAGGACAUGAAAGCCGACAUCAUGUUUCUGGUGGACAGUUCCGGCAGUAUCGGGCCUGAGAACUUCAGCAAAAUGAAAACCUUCAUGAAGAACCUCGUGAGCCGAUCUCAGAUCGGGGCGGACCGGGUGCGGGUUGGCGUGGUCCAGUUCAGUGACGUCAACAGGGAAGAAUUUCAGCUGGACACGUUCACCACGCAGCGGGACAUCUCCAACGCCAUCGAGCGGAUGGCUCACAUCGGAGAAACCACCUUGACCGGAAGUGCCCUGACCUUCGUGUCCCAGUACUUCAGCCCCACCAAAGGGGCUCGGCCCGGCGUCAGGAAAUUUCUCCUCCUCAUCACCGACGGCGAAGCCCAGGAUGCGGUGAAGGAGCCGGCUGAGGCGCUGAGACAAGAAGGCAUCAUUAUCUACUCCGUGGGCGUCUUUGGCUCUAAUGUCACGCAACUGGAGGAGAUCAGUGGCAGGCCCGAGAUGGUUUUUUAUGUGGAGAACUUUGACAUUCUGCAACACAUCGAAGACGACCUGGUCCUGGGCAUAUGCAGUCCCCAGGAAGAAUGCAAGCGGAUUGAAGUUUUAGAUGUCGUGUUUGUAAUUGACAGCUCAGGCAGCAUCGACCACGAUGAAUACGCCAUCAUGAAAGAGUUCAUGAUCGGCUUGGUAAAGAAGGCCGACGUGGGCAAGAAUCAAGUCCGAUUUGGAGCCCUGAAGUAUGCUGACGACCCGGAAGUGCUGUUUUACCUGAAUGCCCUGGACACAAAAUCCGAGGUGAUUUCCAAGAUCCAGAACGAUCAACCCAUGGGCGGCAACACUUACACGGCCGAAGCUCUCGCCUUCUCCGAUCACAUGUUCACUGAAGCCCGGGGCAGCCGCCUGCACAAGGGGGUCCCCCAGGUCCUCAUGGUGAUCACCGAUGGGGAAUCCCACGACGCGGAGAAGCUCAACGCCACGGCGAAGGCCCUGCGGGACAGAGGCAUCCUGGUGCUAGCCGUGGGCAUCGCCGGCGCCAAUCCUGUGGAGCUGCUAGCCAUGGCGGGGUCCCAGGACAAGUACUACUUUGUGGAGACUUUCGGGGGCCUCAAGGGGAUCUUUUCAGAUGUGUCAGCCAGCGUAUGCAACUCUUCUAAAGUAGACUGUGAGAUCGACAAGGUUGAUCUGGUCUUCCUCAUGGACGGCUCCAACAGCAUCCACCCCGACGACUUCCGGAAGAUGAAGGCAUUUCUCACCUCAGUGGUUGAAGACUUUGACGUGGGCCUCAACCGAGUGCAGAUAGGCGUGGCCCAGUUUAGCCACACCUACCACCCCGAGUUUCCCCUGGGUGCCUUCACCGGCAGAAAGAAGAUCGGGAUGGAGAUCGAGAAGAUCCAGCAGAUUUUCGGGUACACUCACAUCGGGGCCGCCCUCUGGCAGGUGGCCCGUUACUUCCGGCCAGACACGGGGAGUCGGAUCCAGGAAGGAACUUCGCAGGUGCUGCUGGUCCUCACGGAUGGCCAGUCCCAAGACGACGUGGCCCCGGCCGCCGUGGAGCUGAGGCGCCAAGGGGUCACCAUCUAUUCCGUGGGCAUCGGGGACGUGGACCAUCAACAGCUGCUGCAGAUCACCGGCUCGGCCGACAGGAAGCUGACGGUUCAUAACUUCGACGAGCUCAGGAAGGUCAAGAAGAGGAUUGUUCGCAACAUUUGCACCUCUGGGACUGAGAGCAAUUGUUUCGUGGACGUCGUGGUUGGGUUCGAUGUCUCCACGCAGCAGCGGGGGCAGAAUUUGCUCGACGGUCAGCCCUGGAUGACGUCAUACCUUCCAGAACUCUUACGCGCCCUCAGCAACCUGGACGGGGUGAGCUGCGAGGUGGGCGCGGAGACGCAGGUCAGCGUGGCUUUCCAGGUGACCAACGCCAUGGAGAGGUACUCUCCCAAGUUCGAGAUCUACAGCGACAGCAUCCUGCACAGCCUGCAGGGCGUAACCGUGCGUGGGCCUGCGCUUCUCAACACGCGCUUCUUGACCUCGCUCUGGGAUGCUUUCCAGAAUAAGUCAGCUGCCAGAGGCAAGGUGGUCCUUUUAUUUUCAGACGGUUUGGAUGAGGAUAUUGAGAAACUGGAACAAAAAUCUGACGAAUUGAGAAAAGCAGGCCUGAACGCCCUCCUGACCGUGGCCCUGGACAGAGCUGACCAUUCCAGUGAUGACCUGGCUGACCUUCUCUACAUCGAAUUCGGGAAAGGAUUUGAUUACAGGACCCAGUUCACAAUGGGCAUGAGGGAUCUCGGAAGUCAGCUGUCAAGACAGCUGAUCAACGUGGCAGAGAGGACCUGCUGCUGUCUGUUCUGCAAGUGCCUGGGCGAGGAGGGCAGCGCGGGACUCACAGGGACGCCCGGGGACAAGGGGAGCCCCGGUUUCAAAGGCAGCGAAGGCUACUUGGGAGAAGAAGGCAUUGCUGGAGAACGAGGAGGCCCCGGACCGGCUGGAGAGCAGGGGGCCAAGGGUUGGCGUGGCAACAAGGGUCCCAAGGGAUCCAGAGGGCUGGAUGGGCAGCAGGGAGAAGCUGGGGAAAGUGGGAUCGAUGGCUUAAAUGGAGAACAGGGUGACAGUGGUCUUCCUGGAAGAAAAGGAGAAAAAGGCGAUGAGGGGUCCCAGGGAAGCCCAGGAACGCAAGGGACCCGUGGUGAGCCCGGAGCCAAGGGCCUGCGAGGGGACCCGGGGGUUUCUGGAUUUGACAAUAACAUACAAGGACCCAAGGGCUCGAGAGGAGAACAUGGUAGACAGGGGAGAAGAGGAUGGCCAGGCCUCCCAGGAACGCCGGGCUCCAGAAGAAAGACAGUAGCUCAUGGCCGAAGGGGACAUACAGGCCCACAGGGAAAACCCGGCACUCCUGGCCCAGAUGGACCAGAAGGCUUACCAGGAGUUCAGGGCCCUCAGGGUCCAAGAGGAGAGGCUGGAACAAAAGGAGAGAAAGGAAGUCUGGGGAUGAAAGGCCCCCAGGGGCCCCCAGGACCCAAGGGAGCCGCAGGAAACCCAGGCCGUGUGGGAAGCCAAGGAAAUAAAGGAGACCCUGGCGAUCGCGGAAGGAGAGGAGCCACGGGCUUCCCUGGCCCUCGGGGACUGCAGGGUGACGAUGGUCUUCCGGGUUAUGGCAGCGUUGGCCACAAAGGGGAGAAGGGGCAAGAGGGAUUUCCUGGAGAAAUCGGACCCAAGGGUGAGAUCGGCGACCCUGGUGACCCUGGAGAAGCUGGACCCAAAGGAGCUCCAGGCAGAGUGGUGUCUUCUGGAUUUCCCGGGGAGCUGGGAGCCCCUGGAGAGCCAGGACCUCCUGGAAGAAAGGGUGUGAAGGGGUCCCGGGGAGUGCGCUCGUUUUCUACUUGUGACCUCAUCCAGUACGUGAGGGACCAUAGCCCUGGCGGACACGGAGCCCCCCGAUGCCCGGUGCACCCCACGGACUUGGUGUUUGCGCUGGACCAGUCCCAGGAGGUGACGGCGCGGGAGUUCGAGCGGAUGAAGGGGAUGGUGGCCUCUCUGCUGCACGACGUCCAGGUCCGGGAGCACGGGUGUCCCGUGGGGGCCCGCGUGGCCGUCCUCACCUACAGCUCCCACGCCCAGCACCUCCUCCGCUUCUCCGACGGCUACGCCAAGGAGCGGCUGCUGCGGGAGGUCGCGGCGCUGCCCCACCAGCCCGCCCCGGCCCGCAGGGAGCUGGGCCGGGCCAUGAGCUUCAUCUCCAGACACGUGUUCAAGCGCACGCUGCCCGGGGCUCACGCGAGGAGAAUCGCCACCUUCUUCACCAGCGGGCAGCCGGCGGACGCCCCGUCCAUCACCGCGGCCGCCAUGGAGCUCGGCGCCCUGGACAUCGUGCCCGUGGUCAUCGCCUUCCAGCCGGUGCCCUCGGUGAAGCGCGCCUUUGCGGUGGACGACACGGGCGCGUUCCGGGUGGUGGUGCUCCCCUCGGGCGUGGACCCCGCGCCGGCCCUGGAGACGCUCCGGCGCUGCACCGUCUGCUUCGACGCGUGCCAGCCCGAGCUUUCGUGCCUGCCGGCCAGUCCACCCGCGGAACCAGCCUACGUGGACGUGGCUUUCCUGCUCGAUGCCUCCCGCCACGUCCAAGGGGCCGAAUUCGCAGACCUCUGCCGCCUCGUGGGGUCCCUGUUGGAUCACUUUGACAUCUCCCCACAUCCCCAGACCUCCGUCACAGGAGACCGGGUGGCCCUGCUAAGCCACGCUCCCCCCGACUUCCUGCCCGACACCCCCAGGAGCCCCGUGCACGUAGAGUUCAACCUCACCACGUACGGCAGCCGGCGCCUCAUGAAGAGACACGCCCAGUGGUCGGUGGGGCAGCUGGGCGGGGAGGCCCUGACCGGCCACGCCCUCCGCUGGGCCCUGGACCAGGUGUUUGCCCACGCGCCCAACCCCAGGAGACACAGAGUGAUCUUCGUGAUCAUGGCGGGGGAGACCAGCGCCCUGGACGGGGGCGCCUUGCAGAGAGAGGCGCUGCGAGCCAAGUGCCAAGGCUACGCCGUGUUUGUGCUGUCCUUCGGCCCCGCGUGGAACGACACGGAACUGGAACACCUCGCCAGCUCGCCUUCGGACCAGCACCUGAUCCAACUGGGUCGAGUCCACAAACCCGACUACGCAUACAGCGUGAAGUUUGUGAAGUCUUUCAUCAACUCCAUCAGACGUGCAAUCAACAAAUACCCCCCAGCGAACCUCAAGGCCAAGUGCAGCAGGCUCGGCCCCAGCGAGUCCACGCAGCACCCACGCCCGUUUCGAAGGUACUGUGUGCUCGGAGCUCCGGUCAGCCCCCCAGAGUGGAGGACUGGAGGGGCGGUCCGAAUGGUAAAGCGCCAACCUAGUGAGCACAAGCUCGGCCCCUGCACGGCACCCGGCGGCCACGUCUGUGAGGGCGAGGCUCUGGCUCGGUGGGAACUACGCGUGGAGAGCGGCCGGAAGCGCCCCGUACGCCGCCGGCUGGAAGAUGAGACGGGCGCCGCAGCGUGGGGGGCCCGGCGCCCCGACGGCGUGACAGUGGUGGGAAGCCUGGUCAGGCCCCGGACCUGGCAGUGCACACUCCUGACGGUCCCGGGACCCCGCGGUGCACGGAAGGCGCGGCGCGAGCGUGGGCUGCGGUGCACGCGCCGUCUCCAGUGUGUCCUGCGCACUGAGCUUCCUCCGGGAGUGCGGUGUCACUCCACGCUCGCGUGCCUCGUGCGGCACACCCCACGCGUGGGGCAGUCGCUGCGAGGACGCCCCGUCUCUGGUGGGCUGGUGGGCCGCGGAGGGGGCACCCCGUCCCUCCACACCCCAGCUCGGUGCUCCCACGUCCUCCACGCGUGCUCGUGA